AUGGACAUCUAUCAAGGCAUGUUAAGGCAAUCCAAGGUUCAUCCUCCAAACAAUGCAGACCUGCCUGCGUUACUGCAGAGAUCUGGUUCCAAGGUUGGAUGGCACGACCUGCAGGUGGAUCAGUGGGUGUAUUUUGACCCUAUGGUUGGCUGCAAGGGUCCAGUGCAGAAAGCAGAACUCCUGGGUCUUUGGGAAGGGGGUAGGCUGAUGGACGAAACAACUGUGGCUCCCAUGGGAUGGUUCCUUGCAAACGCGACGCCCAUGAAGCAGAUGCAGAAGAUUUGGAAAGAGGACGAGAGGAGGGUACUGGGAAGGCCGGGCAGUGGGGACCCCGGUAUGGUGCGCGUUGGCAGCCAAGCAGAGCUGGCCCCGGAAUUGCCAAGAAGGGCAUCUGGACAGCUAAGGGGGGCCAGCAUCCAGGUAGCUCGGAGGAUCGGCGAUGAUGAGAUACUUUCUGAUCAAUGGGUGUACAAGGAUAUGCAGGGAUGUGAGCAGGGCCCCUUCACAUGGGCCCAGCUGCAGGAUUGGUGGAUGCAGAACUUUUUGGACCAAGAGCUGCCUGUCAGGGCGGAAUCCUGGGAAGUGGGUCAGUUUGUGCCCAUGCGCCGCCUCCUGGCUGCUGUAUUUUCCGGCAUGGAAGAGUGGGUGUACAAGGACGAGCAGGGUGCCGUGCAGGGGCCAUUUGCAAAGGAGCAGAUCCUGGCUUGGUGGGAGGACGGAUACAUGCCGGCCAACCUGCCCACAAGACCUGCAACAUGGGAGAAGGACGAGUUCCUGGCGCUGGUCCAUUUUCUGGUGAGGUGGAAGGGAAUUUCCGAUGGUUGGCUUUAUAGAGAUGCUCACGAUGUAACACAUGGCCCCUUCCCCAAAACAUCCAUUCUGGAAAAGGUGGGGAGGGGCGAGCUUUCAGGCUUGUUGCCUGUGAAGCCUGACUUGUGGGAAGGGGACGUCUUUGUGCCGCUGGAGCAUUUGUUGCAGGCCCUAUAG